AGUGGCCCAGACGGCCGGUUGAGCGGCGGCUGCAGCUGUCGCCGGACUGUCCGCCGGGGCUCGGGGCGCGCGCCGGGGACCUCGCGGGGCGGACGGGCGGGCGGGCGCCGCGCCCCCUGCCUGGCCGCCUGCGCGCCGGGACCAGCAGUAUGAGCAGCGGUUACAGCAGCCUGGAGGAAGACGCCGAGGACUUCUUCUUCACCGCCAGGACCUCCUUCUUCAGGAGGGCGCCCCAGGGCAAGUCCCGCGCCGGCCAGCAAGAUGUAGAGAAAGGAAAGGAAACUCACAAUUACCUCAGCAAAGAGGAAAUCAAAGAGAAAGUUCAGAAAUACAACUUAGCUGUCACAGACAAGUUGAAGAUGACCUUGAAUUCAAAUGGGAUUUACACUGGCUUCAUUAAAGUGCAAAUGGAACUCUGCAAACCUACACAGACGGCUCCAGGUAGCAAUGGCUGUAUGAACACGCUUCACAUCAGCAGCACAAACACUGUCGGGGAAGUCAUCGAGGCCCUGCUUAAAAAAUUUCUCGUGACCGAGAGCCCGGCCAAGUUUGCACUUUAUAAGCGUUGUCACAAAGAAGACCAAGUCUAUGCCUGCAAGCUCUCAGACCAGGAACAUCCUCUCUACCUGCGCUUGGUAGCAGGGCCCAGAACCGACACGCUUAGUUUUGUGCUCCGGGAACAUGAAAUUGGAGAGUGGGAAGCGUUCAGCCUUCCAGAAUUGCAGAAUUUUUUGCGUAUCUUGGACAAAGAGGAAGAUGAGCAGCUGCAGAACCUGAAGAGGCGUUACACAGCCUACAGACAUAAGCUGGAAGAAGCCCUGGGCGACGCAUGGAAGCCUGGCUAAUGUGCGGGAGACCUGCCAGGAAGGCAUGGCUCGGGACCUCUGUGUAAAGGAACAGCAAGUGCCUUUUUGCUCAGAGCUGCCUUCUUGCCCCAGCUCUACGGCCAUCCCCUCUUAGCUCUAGAUUUAGUUCCCAGCCCCUGGCCACAGGCAUAUCCUGUACCUGCUUGUCCCUAGUGAGGGGCCCUGCAAGCUUGUUCUGUUACAGCACCGCGGUGUUGCCUCUUGCAAGCUGUGAACCUGCAAUCAUCAGGAGCAUCCUAGAGUGCUUGGAAGCGUGAACUCUGGGUUGAUUUUAUUUUCUUCUAGUUAUUUUAAUUAUGUGAUGAUGAUGUUAAGCUGAAGGAUGUGCAAACAAAUUUUUAAAAUUUAACAAGGAAUCUUGCUGAAUACUUGUCACUAUGUUGAAACUACCUGUUUUGGUUUUUGUUUUCUGCCAGAGGAAACCAUCCAUGUGAACUGAAGGGCAGAGAAUUCUAGGAACUGUGAGGAAUUUAGGACGAUGUUGGAGGAAUUUGAUUAAAGAAAGUAAUAAGCAAGUUUAGAAAAAGGGUAUGUGGAAGUGAAAGCUCCAAAGGCCACUGAGGAAGGUGGUACGGCUGGUGCAGUGGUGGUAGCGAGCAAAGUGUGUUGCUUGACAUGAGGUGAAAGCAUUUAGUGUUGAGAUACUAAGCUCAUUCUACGAUUGCUUGAUCUACUGCUGUGUGUUAUACUGUGGAGACAAGCCAAAGAGGUAGGAGCCAGACCCAAGAGACAGACCUGUGAACUGCAGUCUACUGGAGACUCAGGCUGCUGGAGGUGGGCUUCAUCCUACCGGAUCUGGCCCCCUGCACAUCAGACCCCAAUUCUGCCCUCUUGGGAUGGAGGGUCUCACUGCUGUAGCAGCUCUGGAUAGGUAUGACCUGAUUGAUCCCUGGUAAAUCGCAUGGAUUUCCCUGCAGAGAUUGUUUUCCAAGUUGAAAAUGAGUUUAGGAUAGGGCAGCCAUUUUGUUUUCUCCUUGUUAGCUAGGAAGUUUAUCAAGUACAGAGCUCACACCAAAUUUGUGACAAUCAUUCCCUCCCCUUUUAUUCUUUUUCCUUUCCUUUUUUCCUUCCUUCUUUACCUUUUCUUUCCUUCCUUCUUCCUCCCUCUCCUUUUGAAGUUACUCUGUUACUCUACGUAAUGUAGAACAGAGAUUUUAAAGAUUCAGUCCUCCCAUGGCACCCUCAGCUCUAAAGGACUUGACUGCAGGUAGAGGCCCUGAGGAAGGAGGAAAGUCCACAUGCAACAGGCCUUCCUCAUGGAACGAUUUUAAUAAAAGUGCAUAUUCCUUCCAACCAAAGAAAUGCAUGUGCAAUAAAAAGCCUUCCUUUAAAACAGGCAAAAUAAACCUCAUUUUCUAUAGCGAUUUGCCAACCUGAGAACGGAGGGCAAGAUGUGCUGUGGUUCCCGAGGGGCCUCACAGUCAGUCUGUUUCUAGUUUAGAUUUUUUUGUUUAUAAAUUCCCAAGGAAUUGUUAACACUUUGGUGACACCUAAUGGAUUCUUUGUGAAAUUCCAAGGUGCUUUGGUUCUUUGCUUAAGUGAACUGUGCCUUUAUUGCAUUUCUGUUUCUUCUUGGUGGCUCUUCUGACUUUUCAGAGAAUACCCACCUCGUUGGAUGCAGAUUUAAGCGUAGGUUAUGCUGUGCCACACAAGCUGCCAAGGCAAUCAGCUCUUCCUAGGCUUUUAAGAAAAACAUGGAGGAAAAAAAGAGUAGAACUAGCUAUAAAAUAUGUAUGGCACAUCUUGUUUAAUUUUGCAUGUGACUUCUUUUUAGUGCAUCAAUGAGGUUUUAGUGACAUUGUCAUCCAACACUUUACCUUAAUUGUUCAGGGAAUGCCUUCAUGAUUUUUAGACUAGUUUUACUAUUCAGACUGUGGCUUGGGUUUGAGUGUAGUGUUAUCAGCCACCUGGUCUUUUAAUUACUCAUCCCAGUAAAUAAUAAGAGUUUGUGAAGCAUUUGUUUCUCAGAUUAAGACACUGUUAGAACCUUAAGUAGUAGUUGAUGGGUAUCUGUGAAUUUUUUUUUUUUUUUACUUGAAGUAGAUUGUCUAGAAUAGGCACCCUCUGUAUUUAUCCAGAACCUCGCCCUCUGUUGUGUGCACUACAAGUUGUAAUUUGGAAAGCUUACUGUAUUGAAAUCCUGUCAGUUCAGUUCUUAGAGACUGAUGUUGUUUCCCAAACACUGGUAUACUGCAGCAGCAUUUUUAUUGUGUAAAAGGAGGAAAUAGGCCCCUAAGGCCAAAGAUACUUUUUGUUUUAAACUCAUUGUAUAAAUCCUUGUGUUAAAUUAAAACUAAGCUUUGCUGUAAUACUGUUUUUCUUCAAAAUGUGAUGGUACAGGAAAGGUGUAAAAUGAAGGGAUAGUAUUACAGGGGAGCAUUUUAAAUUGCAGAAGUUAAAAAGUUAUAAUAUUUAUAAUUUUGAUGUUUUAUUUUUAUAGGGAAGAUUUUUCUCCCCUAAAAUUGUUUCUUGAAUGGCAAAAUGAUUUCCAUUAAAAAGUUGAAGUUGA